AUGGCGUUUUCCUCUAAAAAGCGCAAAUCCGCUGCCAUUGUGCACGACGAUAGUGACGUCGAUGCAGAUGUCUCGACCAAGCGCGGCAAGGGCAUCUCAGGCGUAGCCUUCCAACCAGCGACAAAGCCACAGUCGGACUCUGAUGGGAAUAUUUUCUGGGAGAUCUCUAAGAAUAGACGCGUAACUCUAUCAGAUUUCAAAGGCAAGAAGCUGGUUAACAUCCGUGAAUACUACCAGAAGGACAGCGAAUGGUUGCCAGGGAAAAAGGGCAUCUCCAUGAGCCUCGAACAAUAUUCCGCCCUCAUUGAUAUCAUGCCCCAGGUAGAGGAAGUGCUCAAGCAACAAGGCGAGACAGUACCACGGCCUAAUUACAGUGGUAGCGCACAAGCCGCAGAGGAGAAUGGUGAGGAAGAAGACGAAGAAGACGAAGAGAAGAAGUUGAAGAAAGAAAAUAUUGAAGCUACGAGUGAUGAAGAAGAAUGA